UAUAUAUGUACAUUUAGUACUCAUCGAAGUGCAUAUAUAAUAUUUCCUCCCAAAAAAAGUACAUAUAUAAUAUGGGCUGUGCGAGGUGGUUUCCCUUUGUUGCACCUUCUCUCGGAAUUUUCUUCUUCAUUAUCACAUCUUGUCGGGCAGAAAAAGGCUUUGUAUAAACCACUAUUCAGUGCUAUAAAUAAACCUAUGGCGUGAAGUAUUUCUCCAUUGGCAAAGAACGAUUUUAUUCUGAGUGUGUUCAAGCAAACAGUUACCGAGAUGAUGUACGACAAAGUGAAGGAAAUCAACAAGUCAAGGACUAACUGGGCCCUAAGAGUUAGGCUGAUCCGGGCAUAUGCAACUCCGUCAUUCUCUAACAAGAACGUCACAAAUACAUGGGAAUGCGUGUUCCAUGAUUCUGAGGGUGACCGAGUUCAUGCAACUAUCCGUCGUGAGAGGAUCAUGGAAUUUAAAGCAAAGAUGAAGGAAGGAAAUUUGUACAGCUUAAGGAAUUUUAUUGUCACUCCGAACGACUUGAAAUACAAGACUACCACCCUGACAUAUAAAAUCCUUUUCAACCAUAAAACAACGAUGGUUGAUUACGAUGAUGCCAACUUCCCUUCUUUCAUGUUCAACUUCGGGCCAUUUGUGCGCCUUGCACAUGUUAACCAAGUCGACGAAUUUGAAUUGUUUGAUAUCAUCGGCAGCAUCAGGUCAAUCCAUUACCCUAGACCACAUGAGUUCAAUGGAAAAUGCCAGAAAUUAUGUGAGAUUGGGCUUGAGGAUCAUGGGCAAAGGACAUUUAAGUGCACACUAUGGGGCCCAUUUGUUGAUGUAAUCAAAGAAAACCAUGAGAAGUAUCCCAAUUUCAUGUUGGCCGCCAUUCUUUUUUGCAAACCCAAAGUUUACAAAGGGGAACUUUCGGCAACAAAUUCAUACUUUGCAACCAAGCUGAUUAUCAACGGCAGUGACCAAGAGCUCAAUGACUACAGAGACAGGUUUGACAUACAUGGGGACAAUGGGUUCACUGGAACUCCAAUUGUGGUCACUUCAUAUGAGACUGAUGAAGUCAACACAAACAAUGAUGAAAUAGUCUCUAUUGACUCACUUUUUGAGAAGGAAAUGGUUGGACGUUUUUGGAUAUCUGGGGAAAUCAUAGAUAUUGACCUGGGUGAGGGCUGGUGGUACUUGGCAUGUAAAGAGUGUGCUAGAAAGGUUGCACCAAAGUGCGGUAGGUUUGCAUGCCUUAACCCAAAUUGCAAAACGAAUGAAGCUGUCAUGAGGUAUAAGUUAAAGAUUCGCGUAAUGGAUAAAAGUGGAAACGCAGCACUUAUUCUAUGGGAUAACGCUAGCCAAGAACUUUUGGGUAAAAAGGUUGCACAAUUUGUGAAUGAAAUGAAAAACAAAGAGGAUGAUGACACCCCCAUUGAGAUUUUCAAUUUGAUUGAAAAGAAAGUUUUGUGUUUGGUACAAGUCCAAAGUGAAAACUCAAAGAAAGGGGAACAGGCUUUUAGUGUUGUUAAAGUCAAAACCAAGGAUUGUGAUGAUUCCAAGCACAUUGGGGAAUGUUCCCAGGCUUCUAGCUCAGAGGCUACGUCUUCACAUGUUAACGAUCAAGAAGCAGUUGCUAAUGACAUGGAAAAGAGUCAAGAAGACGGACCAAACGAUCAGGAACCCAUAGACCUGACAACAGACACUCUCAGCCACUACGAGUCUGAUAUUUCCAGAGGCAAAAGACCAGCAACUGAAGUGGAAGAGAAGAAGGUUGUGGCCAAAAAAACCAAGGGAGUUCGUGUGAAGAUUGAAAAGGCCUGAUGUUUUUUGCACUUCUCUAGGAUUUAUUUAUUUGUCAGACCCAGCAAGUUGUUUUAAGUUUUUCCAUUCCCUAAGCGUGUGUUUAGAACACAACAAGUUGUUUUAAGUUUCUCCAUUCCCAAAGCGUGUGUUUAGAACACACCAAGUUGUUUUAAGUUUUUCCAUUCCCUAAGCAUGUGUUUAGAACACAAGUGUUGUUUAUAUAGUUAUUUCCCUAAAUUCAGUGUGUUGUAAAUAUUGGGUCUACAACUAAGUAUGC